GCAGUAUUUGGCUCAACUAUCGUCAGCUCACUUCUGGGGAUUCAUUAAUAAUCUAGAACGCCUUGCAGCCUCUAACAGUUCAGCCGAAUUUUUUUCACCUGGUAUUAAGUUAUCAGCAAAAGCAAUGGAACAGCUUGAAGAAAUUGUAUUGGAUGUCCAAGGUGUAACUCUUGAUGAAGGUGGAAACCGUGAUCUCCAGAGAAACUUGUUCCGACUUACACUUGCCUCCAGGUCUCUCUCACCAGCGGUUCAAAAUGCCAACCACAUGUCUUCAGUAGCCCAUUUUAAGUGGGUUUCAGAUGAAACCGAGGGUUGUCAUGGACAGGAAACGUGGGGUCGCAUCGGCUCCACGUUUAUCUGUGAUUUGCAACAACUAGACAGCACCGUAAAGAGAGUAAUUUCGAUGUGUUCAAAUGACUGCCCCGAAUCACUGGUCGAUCCUGCGUUGCUUUCGGAUAACGUAUUUCCUAGCAAGAGCGUUUCCAAUGCCACUCCUCGAUUGAUCAUCCACGGAGAUUUGCGUUGUAAAGAAUUUUACGAAUGGCAUAAAAGGGCAAAACAGCUUGCCGGAGAAAAUCUCGUGGUUUAUAUUUUCAGACAUUUCAUCAAAACCGCCGCUCCUUCAAAAACAUGGUUAAAUGGCUACGGAGUCGAACUUGCUUUAAAAAGCACUGAGUACAAGGCCAUGGAUGAUAAGGAAACGGGACGUAGUAAAGACCUUACCUUUGAUGUACCAACCAUAAAUGAAACUGAACCAGUACUACAAGGAUUUAAUUUUUCUCAAUUGCGGGCAAACUAUCCUCAACUGAGAGCUGAGCUGAAUGCCUUUCAACUUCAUCUGGCUACUGGCACCGCUGAGGUCAAACCACUUAAGGUCUGGCAAAUGCAGGACCUUGGGCUACAAGCCGCACAAACUAUAAUGGAUGCUUCAGGUGAAAAUGACUCCGAUGUUGCGGGCUUGCUCAUGUUGCAAGACUUAAGUCAAAACUUCCCGUCUCGCGCUUAUCAGCUCUCCCAGCGCUCUAUAUCAAGUAAACUGAAGGAUGAGGUGGUGCAGAAUCAUCAGUUAUUCGAGCAUCUUUACGGAAUUAGACCAGGAAGUAGUCUUUUUCUCCUUAACGGACUGGCUCUCUCCCCGGACGUCGACAUUUACGCCCUUUUGGAUCUACUGCGAUCAGAGAGCCAUCUUCUUAAUCAGCUUCACGGCCUUGGGCUCUCUACAGACCAGACGACUCAGCUGCUGCAGUUGUCCCCAAGAGGCGAAAACAACUAUCGUUUAAGUUCCUUUAUGGAGAGUUACAAGCACACAGUCACCGGUGAACAUCUUCUUGAUACGCGCAGCGCUCCUGUGCUAUUUCUGAACGACCUCGAACAAAAUGCGGCCUAUGGCAGUUGGACGCCAAGCACUCACGCUCUGUUUAUGAUGAACCCACCGGGCUCUCUAAGGCAUAUUCGGAAGAACCUUUACAACAUAAUUUUUGUUGUCGACCCCUCGGAGCCUGAGUCGAUUGAAAUUAUUAGGCUUGCCGAGUCCUUCGUCAUGAAAAGAGUUGCCAUUCGUAUUGGCCUCCUGUGGUCAGUCAACCCAGAAGUGGAUUCCAUCGGUCGCACUAUAGCCCGAGUCUUCAAUUACCUUACUGCAAAUGUCAAAACCUAUCCUGAUCGUCGGGGUUUUGCGUCCGGCCUUGGCAAUCCCGGUGCCAUGACUGCCCUCAACUUUCUCACCGACCUCUAUGCCAAGUCCGAUAACGGCAAAGAGGAUCUCAUGACGCACGCGUUCAUCGAAUCCGAGUUCAGAGCUAACUUUCCCGAAGCCUACUCCGAGGAUGUGUUUGUCAAGCCGGGCCUUGAGUGCGCAUAUGACGCCGACAUAAAGAAUCACUAUAGAUAUUUGGAAACCAGUGGCAUAAUGCACUCAGCCGGCUCUCCCAGCAUUCUCUCAAAUGGGAUGCUUUUUUCCUUGGCUGGAAUCAGACUGAUGGGUGGCUUGCAAGCGACCAUCAUGACUUCUGCUCUGGAGCAAACAACCUACUUUCAGCAGGCGGCUUUCGAGGGUCGCCUGUAUGAUGGCCUUUCCGUGGUGGAUUUGUUUGCUGCCGACGGUCUCUUUGUCUCUCGAGUUAACCACCGUCUCUUGUCUGUGAUUCCACCAUUGGUAAACAAAUUCUCCUUGGGCGAUGGAUCUGAUGGCGUCUCAAUGACCCCUUUUCUUCACUUUGGCCAGUUCCGUGACUCAAAAAAGGAUGCUAAUAUAAUGGACAACUCCGCUGGAGGGAUAAUCAGUGAAUUGGCAGAUGAGAUGCGUUAUCUCCAAAAAGGAGACCUGGAAAUGGAGGUUCGUCCCAACACCAUAUGGGUUGUUUUGGGCGACGUGGAGCCCUCGGUUGGUGCCUCUAGCCGCAGUCUCCUUUUGCUGGAACAAGCGGCAAAAUUCAUGCGCAGACACGCUUCAAAGGGUACCCGCCUCGGUUUCGUCUUCAAUCCCUCCAGCCCUUUCGUGCUGACAGAGGAGCCUGCCGAGUGGGGCGCUCGUGGCUGGUUUACCCGCGCGCUCCUCCUUACUGGUCACCCCGCCGAAACCCUCACUGCCAACAAGCAACAGCCUCAAAAAUAUAUGACCAUGAUGGCUGCUAAAAACUUUGUUCUGAAAAUCACCGAGGAAGCCCUCAGGGUGGUGCGAGGAGAGGACAAGGAAGUCCGCCCUUUACCAGAAAUGGCUGUUACUCUGCCUCUUGACUGUGACGCGACACUGUCUUUUCAGGGUCUCGAGAUUGACAAAUUUCUUGAAGCCUUUUCUACCAUUGAUCUGCGUAAGAAGCUCUCUCUUCACACGGCCUUUUGUCAAAAAGCGCUCCGCAUCCAGCCAGGUGAAUCCGCGAUCAUUAUUAAUGGUCGUGUCUAUGGCCCUCUUGAUGACGACGAAAUUUUUGCUGCGGAGGAUCUUCGACUCGCUGAACAGCUCUCUGUCGAAUCCGCGGGUAUGGACUCUAUGGCGAAAAGUCUGGCGAAAAUGCUGCCGUCUUCUACCUCGGCAAAUUACAUUUCUGAACUUAUUUGGAGAACAGCCUCCGUGCUUGAGUCAGCCAAAUGGCGUUUGAACUCUUUUGCAAAAAGCAUUUCGUCUGAGGGUAUCUUCGCAAGUGGCAGCAGCUCACGUAUUAGCCUCAAGGGCAUACAGACGACUUAUUCGGCCUUCAAGCUGGCGGCCACUAACGUCGGUUUGAACUACGACAUUGUCGCUGUGGUGGAUCCGGCCUCUCGAAGUGCACAACGCCUCUCGCAGAUACUCACUGUUUUGCGCAAUGCUAUACCCUGUAGGAUUACCGUCAUUUUGAACCCAUCGACGGAUCUUAGUGACCUUCCUUUAAAGAGCUACUACCGUUUUGUUUGGCAAUCGAGCUUCUACACCGCCGAAAAUGGUCUAGCCGACCCGCCAUCCGCGCUUUUCGAUGAUCUGCCGGGGAAGUCGCUUCUUACGCUUGGUGUCGACGCGCCACACAACUGGAUGGUGGCGCCUAUUCGGGCCGAGGAGGAUCUGGAUAACCUUCGUCUCUUUGACAUCGUGCCCCAGACUGGCAGCGAUCUUGUUGAAGCGGAGUUCGAGUUGGAGUACCUGCUGCUUGAAGGACAUUGCUUAGACGAAGCUACUAGGCAGCCACCAAGAGGGCUUCAAUUCACCCUCGGAACGGCCGAGAAAUUGGACCGUUAUGACACCAUUGUCAUGGCAAACUUAGGCUACUUCCAGCUGAAGGCGAAUCCCGGCGCUUGGUACCUGAACCUCCGAGAUGGCCCCUCGCGCGACAUCUACGACAUUGUCGGACACGAGUACGCAGAUAGUCCUCCAGGAGCACCGUCCCUGAUAGCCGUGAUUGACAGCUUCCGUCCGAAGAUCAUUCGUGUUGAUGUCGCCAAGAAACCAGAUCACCUGACGGCUAGCGUUCUCGAUGCUGAUGAGGGAGACGGACGGAGGCGUGCCAAUGACAACAACGAACAUGAGAAGCCCCUUGAGAAACUUUGGUCUGUCUUUGAUAGUACACUGAAUUUCAUCAGAAAAUCGUCGUAUGUUCGACAGGAUCCCGCCAGCAACCCGACCAACGAAACCAUCAACAUCUUCUCAUUAGCCUCGGGUCAUCUCUACGAGCGCUUUCUUCGAAUCAUGAUGCUUUCGGUAAUUCGAAACACAAAAUCUCCAGUUAAAUUCUGGUUCCUCAAGAACUACUUAUCACCGCCUUUCAAGGAGUUUAUUCCCGAAAUGGCCGCCGAGUAUGGUUUUGAGUACGAGUUGGUGCAAUACCAGUGGCCUCGGUGGCUCCAUGCGCAGACGGAGAAACAGCGCAUCAUCUGGGGCUACAAAAUCCUCUUCCUCGACGUGCUCUUCCCGCUGAACGUUAAAAAGAUCAUUUUCGUGGAUGCCGAUCAGAUUGUGCGUGCAGAUUUGCAAGAGUUGGUAAACCUUGAUCUGGAGGGAGCACCAUACGGCUACACACCAUUUUGUGACUCACGAAAAGAGAUGGAGGGUUUCCGUUUUUGGAAGACCGGCUACUGGCAGUCCCACCUGGGUGACCGCCCCUACCAUAUUUCUGCCCUCUACGUUGUCGAUUUGGUUCGCUUUCGUAAGAUGGCUGCUGGCGAUCGUCUACGAGGACAGUAUCACGCGCUUUCGAGAGAUCCAAACAGUCUCUCUAACCUAGAUCAGGACCUUCCUAAUAAUAUGAUCCACCAAGUGCCAAUCAAGUCGCUUCCUCAAGAGUGGCUGUGGUGUGAAACGUGGUGUUCGGAUGAAAGCAAAGCAAAAGCAAAGACGAUCGACUUGUGCAACAAUCCAAUGACUAAGGAACCAAAACUGUCGGCAGCCAUGCGGAUCAUACCGGGCUGGGGUGACUACGACGCCGAGAUUAGGGACCUGCAACGUCGCGUGGCGGCUUCCAAGAAGAAUAAUUUGUCAGCGGAACAUGUCUUUUCUAACCUUUCAGUUGCUACUGCGGCAAAAGACGAACUUUAG